AAUUAUUCACAAUUUUCAACCUCCCGACACAAAGCAGUAUUCGUUUUAUUUGUAAAGGGGUGUGAGUGGUUUUCAAGAAAAUGUUUGGAGAAGCUUCUUGUAUUUCCAACUAAUGUUGUCAUAGCAACUUUUAUCUUGGACUGUUCGGCCAACAAAAGAAUACAGUUGAGAGCCAGGCACAAAACCAUGAGAUGAAUUUCACAAAGAUGUGAAAAUGGAUUCUAUGGAGGGAUACUGGGCCUAUUUGGUAAACUGCUCUCAGUCUCUGAUCCUGGAUCAUGGCGACUGGACAUCAGAGAGUGAGAAAGACCUGAAGGACAUUUUGAUGGUCAGAUUGAGCAGUUUGCUUUUAAAGAGUCUGGAUCAGAUUGGAUCUUGCAGAGCACUGCGAAUUUGCAUCUUGGCUGACAACUUUCUGACUAGGAUCGAAGCUCUGAUGGAAUGCACUCGCUUGGUGAAGUUAGAUCUGAAAGGAAAUCAGAUUGUUCAGCUCCCUGAUGCUUCAUGUUGGAGCCAUCUGACAGAAUUGCAACUUCUAUAUCUACACGACAAUAACAUAUCAACUUGGAACAAUAUUAAAGGCCUGUCUGGCUGUUUAAACCUGACUGCUUUAACUCUCUAUGACACCCCGCUCAGUUUAAAGAAGAGCUACAGGCACUGUCUGGUCAACAGCAUAUGGUCACUGAAGGCCUUGGACAACUUUGUUAUUUCUGAUGAGGAAAUCAUUCAAAAGUGGUCUCUUCCUAUUCGUUUCAAAGCCAUGAAUCAACACCUUUGUGUCAGUUUGUACCCAUCUACAAAGUCGGAUUCAUUUGAGACAGAGAUGAAAGCGACAUAUAAAAUAAUCUCUGAGAUAAACAGGAUUCAGGCCAUUUAUUCCCCUACACUUAUUAUACAGCGCUGGAUUCGAGGUCAUUUAAUUAGAAAAAGUCUUGGGCUUUGCAGUACCAAGAAACAGAUAACGUCUGAGAAACCAUUCAUUUCCAUACCUUUGAGCACAGAAAUUGACCAGGUACAAUCCCAGUCUCAGAAAACCAUGGAGGAGGACACAGAUGACCACCCUGAACAACCAAAGGAAAAUGAAGAGAUAGAUACAGAGAUCCAAAGACUUCAUGUGAACCUUGAUAAGCUGAUGCAAACUGGCUACCCAGAGGUUAUACAGGAUGCUGCAAGUGUUCACUCAAAUGACAGUCAGCAAGACAUAAAAGCACCAUGCAACACCCCUCAGUGCAGUCUAAGUCUGAAAUCUGAGGCCCAUCUAAACACGCUUGACCAAGAUAUCAGUGUGACUGUUGAUAUCUGUAAUGAAGAAAUUGAAGAAGGAACCUUUCGUGUUUUGGGCCUGAAAGCUUUGGUCCACCAGAGUGAGCCACUGAGUGACAUGUUGUGGUCCCGUAAAGCUGCAGGACAGGACGUACGUGAGGCCAUCAGCCAUUUUCACACUCAGAGACCAGGUCUACAGCCGCAUUCUUCUGCCAUUACUUCAGGGAAGCGUCUGAUUGGUUGUUGCCAUGACAAAAUCAGCCUCACCCCCUUCAAAGUCAUUGAAAGAGUCCAUCAAGCAUUUGAUAAAGCCAGAAUGCAGAGACACCUUGUAGAGAAGGUAACUGAGCGCCAGAUUGAUCGUGAAGUAGCCAAGGGUCGCCGAGACAUCUUUAGAGAAGCUCGCAGGACAGAAGUACGUCUGCGGCAGGAGCGGGAAAGGGUGGAUAUGGAGAAAACUCUUACUCUACAGAGAGCCAAGCUGGAGCAGGACAUCCAUCAUGCACGUCAGAAACAUGCCCAGUUUUUGGAAGAGAAGAGGAUGAGGAUCCAGGAGCAAGAGAUGGUUUGCAAUUUCAGCCAACAGCACAACUCUCUAGCGAGGGCCGUGCUUAGAUACCACGCAUGGAAACGUGGUAACCAGCAAUAAAUGCAUGAAUGUUUUUAAUCAAACUCUCGGUUUAACAUGACAUUAACAUAUUGGUUAGUUAGAACCCUUUGUGUACAGUAGCUUCAAAAGCAGAAUAUACCGCACUAUAUAGAAUAGUAUAAUAUAUUACAGUACUUACCAGAAGAUGUCUGCAAAGAUCAUAUUAUAGACACUGAGAUCUGCUCCUCUUUUCAAAAUCCAAAAUAUUACAUAACAGGAAUCCAAAAAUACUCCCCUACACAACCACCCCCAUCCAUCAGGCACAAGUAUUAAGAAUCUAGUAGCCACCAACUUUACAUAACAAAUAAGUCCACAUUAUCUGGGUCAUUAUUACACUCUUUACAUAAGCACCAUGUAAGAAAGAUUAACUGAAUGGCAUGUUUUAGCAGGAUUCAAAUAACAAUAUUUUUUGCUAUAUUUCUCAACAGUUGCAGUAUAACAGGAGGAUCUUUAAAUUAUCUUUAAAUGCCAAGGCAAGCUUAGCUUGACAUUGAAUAAAGAUGAGCUACACUAAAUUGCUACAUGUAACAGUAUUUAUUUAAAAAGGUGCUGUCCAAUGAAUCAGCAGUGUGAAAAUCAAGGCAUUGUUCUGGCCUGACAUAAAAAGGUAGAGUCUAACAUCCGUCACUAACUAGACUGAAAAUCUAUGCAAACGUGAUUGUGCAUGUCCCAGGAAGUACCACAUAUCGACCUUGCCACCCAUUUGAAGUUUAUUAGUUUUAUUUUGAGUACUUUGAGUCAUUGAGAAUGACAGCAGUGCAAUAUACUAGCUUAGUCUUCUGGAAGUGGCAUCUGUAGAGAGUUUUACAUUAUUGCACAUGACCCUAAAUUCUAGCUUAAAAGGUGAAAUAUCUAAAAAAAAAAGAGAGAGA